AUGGCAGAGAAGCUAGGCAUAGCUGGAGCCUUGCAGCGCCCUACUACUUCAAUCAUCUUUGGAGAUGCAACUACUAAGUCUCCUCUUGGAGUGUUCAAGAAUUAUCACUUGAAAAUUGGAGAAUGCAUCAUCCAAACUGAUCUCACUGUGAUGGAAAUGGAAGAAGAGAAGGAUUUGCCUUUACUAUUGGGAACCCCUUUCCUUAGUACAGUUGGCGCUUCAAUUGACUUUCACAAGCAAGAAGUGAUCCUUCACAAGGUGAAUAGUUUGGUGUCAUAUCGCUUGCAGCCUAGAGGUUCAGACUUUUGUGCCACAAUUGACAGUACCAAUCUCAGUUCUAAGAGUCAUGGAGCUACAAAGGUUGUGAAGGAAAGGGUUGACAAGGAACCAAGAGUUGGGAAGGAUAAGGAUGAGAGAGGACCAAGGAUUGAGAAGCCACGUCUUGAGAGGGCUAGAGUUGAGAAACCACGAUCUGAUAGGCCAAGAGCUGAGCGACUUGUUCAAGCCCCUUGUGUGCUUGAUGAAGAGAGCCUUCAAGCUUUGUUUGAUGAGCCACUAGGAAGGGCUCUACAAGAAGGGGAGGAUGCAGCCUCUAAGGCAAGACCAGGAGAUAAAAGAAAGGAUCCACCAGCUCAGGCCCCUUCAGUCAAGCCAUCUCAGCUCACAAUGACCUUGUUCCCCACCAAGUUUGAAAAUGGGAAGAUUGAGUACAAGAUAAGGUACAAGGGGAGAUCAAGGCCAUUCUCUAGAGCCAAGGCCAUAGUGACUUCAGAACAGUCCAGGGACCCAACCAAGCUAAAGGAGCUUCUGUCUCAAGUCCUCACUAUCACCCUUGAUGGUGGGACUAGCUCAACCAAUGCCUAA